UGAUCAUGCUCAGAACCCAAUUCAGCUCAAAAGUAAAACAGAGAAAGCUGAAACCGUUGCUUUGAGUGACGUCUGCGAGAAAACCACUGCCCCAGCGUGGGGACUCCGCUCAAAACCAAAACCCUCAGGGUUGGGACUCUUGGGAGGUUGUGUGUGUUAAUAUUUUGAGUACUGAUGAAGUGGAAUUUUUGGAAGGAUAGUUCAAAAGAUACAUCAAUGAUGGUGAAUAGACACAAGCACUUAAGUGGUUGUGAGGGAAACAGCCGAGAAUUGAGAUCAUGGUCCAAUCUUCCGGUUGAUGUUUUUAAUAUAAUUGGCAGACAACUUGAUUUUAUUAAACGGGUUUGUAAGAAUUCGCGAAAAAUUCAGGCUGUUGGUCCAAUUUUUGAGACCCUUCCAGUUCCAUGGCUAAUGGAACACAGUUGGGGUUUUGAUGGAAAUGUCUACAGUUUAUGUAGCUUUCACCUCCCAAUUGAAAACCAAAGUCACGUCACUUACAACAAGAUUGAGGGGAAAGAGUUGAAUGAUGCAGUCAUAUGUGCUUCAAAGUUUGGUUGGUUGCUUUUACAGAAAUCUACAUUGUCAUUCUUCUACAAUCCUUAUACAAAGACUAUAAUCAAAUUACCUGAUCUUGACAUCAACUUCAAUCGAAGUACAUUUUCCUCGGUCCCAACUUCUCCUGAUUGUGUUUGCUUUGCAAUACAAAGUUCCAAAAACAGUAGCAAAAUGUGGCUAAGCACAUGUCAACCUGGUGACCGCAAAUGGAGCACCACAGUCAAGUUUGCUGGUCCUAAAAGGGCAGUUGAGGAUGUGGUUUACAGUAAUGGAACUUUUUACUGUGUUUUUACAGGAGGAGCAUUGGGGGCCUUUUGUGUUGCACACCGUAAUUGGAGUUUGCUCACGGGUGUGGAUUUGAUUCCUGCGGUAUUGUAUGACUCAAGGGCUCAUAUGGUAGAGUCUAAUGGGCAGCUCUGGAUAGUGUAUCGUUCUGGUUUUAAGUGUUUCGAAGUUUUUAAUUUUGAUUGGUCAAAAAGGAAUUGGGAUAAGACGUAUACAUUGGGAUGUAAAGCAUUUUUUCUCAGUUGUACCUCGUUUUCAGUUUCAGCAGAAGGAGAAACUUCAGGUUUUGCAGAGAGGAUUUAUUAUCAUUGUGAUACUUACAGUUCCUAUUACUCGUUGAAGACUAAGCAGAGUCACCGAUGUACGUUUUAUCCAUGGGUUACUAAACGCGGGCCUGAAAGAGUUUGGAUUCAACCUCCUGAGAUAUAGGUCCAAAUUGGUUAGACACCAAUUUGGAAAACAGGUCUAGCCAUUUAAAAUACUUGUUUAGGGCACUAAUUUGAGUUCUAGCACUAUGAAGUGUUGAGGAUUUAUUGCUAUCAUUUUCUUGAAUAACAAGCUAUCUGUAUAAAAUGUUUGGAAUGA